CUGAUCAUUGCGUUGGGCGUUGGUUUAAGUGUGGUCACUUUGAUCAUCAUGUGCUUACUGUACGCCCCUCUCACUCUCAUACAAAGAGUACAAAUGCUGAUCUACGUGUAUAAAUCACCAAGCGAACGACGCCUCCGCAAACUCGACGCCGAGUCACCUAUAUGCACCCUCGAGGAAUGGUGGUCCCGAGCAAAGAUCCCUCCUCUCCCGUCGGAUGAUGAAUGCGAUCAGUUUACAUGUGCAAUAUGCCUCGACUCCGUCCUGCGAAGCCACGAAAUCCGCGACCUGAAAUGCUUACAUGUGUUCCAUCGCGAGUGUCUGGAUAAAUGGUAUCUGCAGGACCAGUUCCAUUGUCCGUUGUGUCAUCGGGCGUAUUUUAAGCAGCAGUUUCAGCCGACAAAUGAGUUUGUGUGGAUGGUAUGA